GAGGCGGGACUUCUGAACUUUAGUAAAGGCGCGGGGAUAACUCGCUCCAUUUCCUCCAGUACCGCAGCAAACAAAUACUUUUGGCAUGAAUCCCCCAGCUAAGCGCCUCUGCCCGACCGGCUCCCUGGAUCGCAGCUUCCAAAAACGCCUCAAGAAAGUUUCGAUUGAAGGGAAUAUCGCUGCAGGAAAGUCUACAUUUGUCCAACUAUUAGAAAAAUACAGUGAUGAGUGGGAAAUAAUUCCUGAACCAAUUGCCAAGUGGUGCAAUAUUCAAACAUCUGAAAAUGAGUGCCAAGAGCUUUCAACAUCUCAAAAGAGUGGUGGAAACCUGCUUCAAAUGUUGUACAGCAAACCUACACGAUGGGCUUAUACAUUCCAGACUUACGCCUGUUUGAGUAGAGUUAAAGCACAAUUAAAACCAGUUUCUGCUAAACUGCAUGAAGCAGAACAUCCUGUGCAGUUUUUUGAGAGAUCAAUCUACAGUGAUAGGUAUGUAUUUGCUUCCAACUCAUUUGAAUCAGGAGACAUAAAUGAAACUGAAUGGGCUAUUUACCAGGACUUGCAUGCAUGGCUUCUGAACCAAUUUGACUCCAGCUUGGAGCUAGAUGGGAUUAUCUACCUUCGGACAACCCCUGAGAAAUGCAUGGAGAGGCUGAAACAUAGAGGAAGAGAAGAAGAACAAGGAAUUCCAUUGGAAUAUCUAGAAAACCUUCACUAUAAGCAUGAAACCUGGCUUCAUGAGAGAACAAUGAAGGUAGAUUUUGACAACCUUAGAGACAUACCCAUUUUGGUUUUAGAAGUUAAUGAAGACUUCAACAACAAUGAAAUAAAACAGGAGUACUUACUGGAAAAAGUAAAGGCAUUCUUGACUACGUAACUAAGCUACUGCUCAACAACAUCUGGAAAACUGGCAUUUCUUUCCUGUGUACAAAUUGCUUAGCUAUCAAAUAAACUAAUAGAUAUCAAGAGACUAUUUGAUAUCAAACAAGAUGCUGUUUUCUAUUUGGACACGUAAAUAAAGGCAGAAGGUUGCCACAUAAAGAACUAAGAAGCGGUGACUCACACCAUCUUGUUCAACAAAGUUUGUGUAACCUUGCUACUGGGUGUGCAUGAAUAACAGGUUGCUAGAAUGUUUUUGUCCAGCUGGAUAAGCUGCUUUGGUGCUUUAAAGAUGCUCAUGUUGCAAUAAACAUUGUGAGGUUGGUAUCUGUCUUUAGCUAGAAUCAAUUCAUACAAGAAAUGUUUCCUUCAAUACAGCACCACUAUAUUUACAAAUAUUGCUGUUACUCGUAAUAGUGAUUUCAAACUGAAUGCAAGCACAAAGUUGUACGAUCAGGAUCUCAUGGGGAAAGAGUAAUGUAACAAGAACUGAAGUGAUGGUAUUGAUGAAAACUGGAUUAAAAGCCAUUUAC